AUGCAUAGACUAAGCAGAACUCGGGAGGAACAGACAAGGGAAAAUCAAGCAGGCUUUAGACCAGGUAGAGGGUGCAUAGAUCAUAUCUUCACUCUUCGACAGAUUCAAGAACAUAGACACACUUUUCGGCGUCCAACAAUUGUCAUAUUUCUUGACUUGAAGGUGGCCUUCGACUCCGUGGAUCGAAAG